AUGUCACUCAGUCCUCUUUUCUCCAGAACUAGAAAGAAGCGCUUUUUUCUCCUUUUCUCCCUCGCAAGUUCAGUUCCUCAUCUCUCACUCUCACCCACCCGCAAUCAGGCCGCGACCGGUGAAAUCUCCGUCGUACUCAAAGCCUCCAUAUCCUCUCUCUGUAUCAAUCUCUGACUCUGAUUUUUCAUGUUUCAAUCUCUCCACAAACCCUAAAACUGUUAAAAAAAUUCAUGAUUGUUUGACAGAUAUGUCGGACUAUGAGAAUGUUGUUGGUGGUAAACUGAAGCUGAAGGGAAAAGCAUUGGAUGUUGCUGGUGGAAUCAAGAAAAAGAAAAAGAAGAACAAAAGAAAUCAACAACAGUUUUUGCAAGCAACCGAAGAUGAAAUCUCAGCAGGUGGAAGUACAGAACAAGCUAAAGAUCCUAAUGAUCAAGAAGUAAAUGAUGAGAGUGAAUUGAGCAGGGAAGAGAAGCCUGCUCAUUAUGAUGAUCAUCUUACACCAGCAGAGAGGCGGUACAUAGAACAGAGGGAGCAGCUUGAUGUUCAUAGAUUGGCCAAGAUUUCUAAUAAAUCUCACCGUGAUAGAAUCCAAGAUUUCAACCAAUAUCUCGCAAACAUGAGCGAGCAUUAUGAUAUUCCUAAAGUUGGUCCUGGAUGAUUCAAGGAGUUGUUCAACUAUGAAGAAGGCAAACCCCUGUCAUUUCUAUUUCUUUGUUUAGUAUUGACACCAUAUGCUUGCACAAUAGCUGUUUUCACUACAUAUCUUUAUUUUGUUGUGUACUAUGCUAUACUUCUGAUGAUAAAAUUUGACUUAUUUUCUGUGGAUGGGGAAAGUGAUGUUAUUAUUGCCUUCAAUGAAAUUUUCAUAUUUGCAGUUA